GAGAGAAAUCCAAACCCACAAGGCUCGAACACGCCGUACGCGCAUUGCUCACCUUCACGUCCCAAAAGAAACUAAACAAAGAAGCAAAAGAAACCCCACCAUAUUCGUCUUUCACGCUGCCAAAUUCCUGUGUGCGCAUUGUGCACUGUUCCAUUCUUCUUCUUUUCGAUACAAUAUUUUUUUUGUUAAUUUUUUUUGGAAAUACGUCACGUAUAUGAAAUAAAACAAAACAAGAAAAGAAAAAUGGAUUCUGAAAAACCCAUUUUUGGUACCAUCGGCGCUAACUUUAUUAGACCAUCAUGGGCAGUUAUGCUUCUUUUCCUUACGCUGAUGGCGGUUGUGUCGAUACAGUUCACGACGAAGGCGGUGAUUCCUAGAUGGGUGGUAUCGGGUUGGAGGCCGCCGCCCCAUCCGGGUGGGUCGGAAAGGGGUUCGGAGGAUCCGAGAAGCUGUUCCGGGUUCUUCAGCGACGGUCCGGGGCAGAAGAGGAGGGUGGUCAUGUCGAUAACGGAUUUCGGCGGGGUUGGAGACGGAAAAACGUCGAACACCGAAACGUUUCGGAAGGCGAUACGCUACAUGCAGCGUUUCGGCCAACUAGGUGGGUCCCAGCUUAACGUUCCCAGAGGAAGGUGGCUCACAGGCAGUUUUAACCUCACCAGUAAUUUCACGCUUUACCUCGAACACGGCGCUGUAAUUUUGGGCUCCCAGGACCCAAAGGAAUGGCCUAUUAUUGAGCCAUUGCCUUCGUAUGGACGAGGGAGAGAAAGACUAGGAGGAAGACAUAUAAGCCUUAUUCAUGGUGAUGGUCUCGUAAAUGUUGUCAUUACAGGAAAGAAUGGUACAGUUGAUGGUCAAGGGAAAAUGUGGUGGGAACUUUGGUGGAAUAGAACAUUGGAAUACACCAGAGGUCAUCUUCUUGAAAUAAUGAACUCCAAAAACAUCCUAAUCUCCAACCUCACCUUCCUUAAUUCUCCCUUUUGGACUAUCCAUCCAGUUUACUCUAGCAACGUUGUUAUCAAAGACAUGACGAUUUUGGCUCCCCUUAAAGCCCCAAAUACUGAUGGCAUAGAUCCAGAUUCAAGCAUCAAUGUCUGCAUUGAAGACUGUUACAUUGAAAGUGGGGAUGACCUUGUAGCAGUGAAGAGUGGAUGGGAUCAAUAUGGGAUCAGCAUUGCCCGUCCAAGCUCAAACAUCAUAGUAAGAAAAGUUUCAGGCACUACUCCAACCUGCUCUGGAGUUGGAAUAGGAAGUGAGAUGUCUGGAGGGAUUUCAAAUAUUACUAUUGAGGAUAUGCAUGUUUGGGAUUCAGCAGCUGGGAUUCGCAUAAAAUCUGAUAAGGGUAGGGGUGGUUACAUAGCAAAUAUUAGUAUAAGCAACAUUAAAAUGGAGAGAGUCAAGAUCCCAAUAAAGUUCAGCAGAGGCUCUAAUGACCACCCUGAUGAAGGAUGGGAUGCCAAAGCUGUUCCUAGGGUGAAGGGUAUUUUUAUAAGCAACGUACUUAGCUUAAAUUCAACUAGAGCCCCUGUAUUGCAGGGCAUUGAGGGUGCAUCAUUUGAAGAGAUUUGCUUUAAAAAUGUUACAGUUCUUGGCUUAGCCCCAUCUACGGCGUGGCAUUGUGAAUUUGUUUCAGGUUUUACUAGUGAGGUAUUUCCAGCGCCCUGUCCGCAGUUGCAGAACGAUGACUUUUUGUCCCGGUGUUCGUAACCCCCCAACUUCUUUGGAUGAUUUGAAAAUGUUAAUUUAGAAAUCUUGGGAUUAAGCUUUUCAAAAAUUGGUCGAUGCAGCAGCAGGGUCUGCUCUGUGCGGCUUGGAUUUGAGCUUGAAACAGAAUAGUGGAUGAGUGCAUGAUUGAAUGGGCUGAAGCUAGUGAACUACAAAGAUGGCUUGUCAAAGGAGCUUUGGAAUCUCGCUCCUGUAAGCAUCUCAACCCACUGUUUUGCUAAAUAGAAACAGUUCUCUUAUGCAUAUUGAAUGCAAUUACCGGUUCAUCUGCUGUUAAGAGUUCAUUUUGAUUGAAUAUUUUUUGAUAAUUGGUGAUACGCGAAACCUCAGUAUGGAUAAAGGUUUACCAAACCCAAACCAGAAGAGAGAUAUGAACUUGUAUAGAGGCAUUAACAUAGCUGUAAAUUGAAAAUUUCCACAAGAAUAGACAUUGAUGAAGUUCAAAUUAGUGAUUAGCGAUACUGCUUGUAUUCUGUUCCUUGUUGAGUUUGAAGUGCCACUUGAUCUUGAAAAGGAAUUUUGUGUGGCGCUCGUUAGACAUUGUAAUAAACCUUUUUGUAUUGAUAGAGUUUGAAAUUUGCAGUCAA